AUGGCCUCGCCAACAUCACCAGCCUCGACGGUCAUAGAACCAUAUACUAUGCAUGUGUCAUUGCGUUAUCUAGAUCUUACAAGGAAGAAAUUAGAACUGACACGCAUGCCACGUGAAGCAUCAAUUGCGGAGUUUGGAAAAUGGGCAGUUGGAACUCCAAGAGCUGUCCUAGAGCCUCUAAUUGAUUACUGGCUCGAAAACUACGACUGGCGUUCACAAGAAGCGUUCUUCAAUUCAACAUUACGACAGUAUCGUACACUCAUUACAUAUCAUCCCUUAACAGAGUCUUUACGUGUCCAUUUUGUGCACCAUAGAUCAGACAGAGUAUCGGCAAUCCCCCUACUUUAUUGUCAUACGUGGCCAGGAUCAUUUCUCGAGAUAACUCGCUGCAUCGAUGCACUCGUGAACCCUGUUGAACCAGAACCGAAACCAAUCCAAGAGGGCGGAAUUCACAGGGAGCGCGUUGCGUUCCACGUAGUGGUACCUAGUAUUCCGGGCUUUGGGUUUAGCGACGCUAGUCAAUAUCCAGAUUUUGGCGCGGCUAAAACAGCAGAUGUGCUUGCAGUGUUGAUGGAGAGAUUAGGGUAUGGAAGAUUUGCUGUUUGGGGCGAUGGCUGGGGCUUCAAAAUCGCGCGUAUGCUUGUCCAACGACAUGAGAGCAUGGUUGCUGCUGUUUACACAAGCUGUGCAAACGAUCUUGCUCCGCCACAACCAUUGAAAAGCAAGGACGCUUGGCUAAAAUAUCAGAUUGCUAGACUUACCGGGGCUAGAUUCUCAUGGCUCGCAUUUGGCUACACGAGUUCUGAUUUUGGCGCAGCAGCAGAUACUAGUAUUGCCGAUGAUUCUACGAAUCACUCUCAUGCAAAGGAAGAUGGCAUUGAAUUGGGACAGAACUUUGUGUCUGGUAACGACAGUCAAUAUGACGUGGAAACUGAAUCCUUUGCAUUUAAAUAUGGGUUCUCAACAGAUUCAGUGACUAAGCGACCACAGACCCUCGCGUAUGGGUUCUGUGACUCUCCUGCCGGACUCCUAGCAUUCCUCUUGGACGUACUCAAACCGAAUAUCUCCCAUAUCCCUCCCCCUCCUCCAUUUAUGAAGACUCAAACACGCCACCGAUCGUCCGCUGUUCUACAGCACAGAAUGUCUACUAUAAUCGAGAACGUUCCUGAACAUACCAACUUCACACCUGCAAAUGUGUUGGAUUGGGUUAUGAUGUACUGGCUCCCAGGGCCGGAAGCCAGCCUUAGGUGGCUCGCUACUGUUGAGAAAGAGGAUUGCUUUGCUCGAUACUCGGAGGUACCUUUAGGAAUCAGCUGGUACAACACCAAUUCAUCGGUUCAGCUGCGUAGACAGGGUCUACCACACGCAAGAUCCUUCGAGGCUUCCUUGUCUUCCGGGCUAGGUAGCAAGGCUGUUGGCUUUAAAGGAUCGUCUCAAGCAUCUACACAAGACCGCCCAAGCACUAUAAGUCCCAUGUGGGCCGCAGCGGUUCAGAAUCUCAAAUGGGUCAAACGACGGAAAGAAAAUCUGAGCAACGGGGUCCCUGCGUGGGAAAAAAGUAGUGAAGUGGUUGAAGAUAUCAAGGAAUUUUUUGAGUUAGGAAGAAGCAAAGGUUGGUUGGGUUUGUAAUACUUUUUUCCAG